AUGCGUCUCACCCACCACCUCCUCCUCCCGACGAUCAUCCUAGCGGCUGCAACCCCACGCCCAUACCCCGAGAUUGACGACCUCAUUGAUGAUAUAACCGACAUUGCCGCAUCCGCAGCCGAUUGGGGCGGUGACUUUGCCACAAAUAUCUACAGCGAGGCCACAUCCCUCGUCAACUCGGUUCAAACGGGCGACUCUUACAGCUCGAUGGUCUCGGAGGCGAAUGAUAUUGCGAGUGCGUGGGAAACUGGUACACCCGAGUCGGCGACGCAGGCAGCAGACUCAUUGGAUUCCACCCCUACUGAUGACGCGGAUACGUCUCCUGCCGAUGAAUUAAGGGCUCGCAGGCCGGCGGUGCAGCUGGGAUAUGGGGUUGCCGCAUUGCUCGGGGUUAUGGCUGCUUUGUGA